AUGACUUUGUUAACUUUUUCGAUCCUAGAUCGUAAUAAUUAUUCGUUUACGAUAUCAUUAAUCAAAGGCAAAGCAAAUUUGAAAGUCAAGAGUCUGAAAAAUAAAACACUGUUGAUGUAUGCCAUUGAGAGUUAUAAAAAUCCUUAUCAUUUCGAUAUAAUGCCAUCUUUAUUUAUAAAAGAAGUAAAUGAUCAUGAAUGGAUAAACGCCCGUGACAGUGAUGGUUAUACUGCUGCCCACUAUAGAUUAAAUAAAAAAAAAUUAAAAAAUGAUCCAUACUUUGGUGAUGACGAACAUCAUAUUCACGUGAUGGAUAAUUUAUGUAGCGCAGGUUUAAUUGAGGAUUUACUUGAUGCCGGUGCUGAUCGGCUCGCAAGCAUUAUUCAAAAACACUGGAAAAAUUGUUUUGCAUAUCAUGAGAAUAUUUCAAAAUCAACGGCUUUGCAUUCUAUAUUACAAUUUAAAAAUCCACAGACACAAUACAGUAUUGAUAUGAAAAGAAUAAGUAUUUACUUAAUUCUAAAAGACCUUAUUUAUAGGCGUACGUUUGGUUUAUUCGUUCCUGAAGGUGAAAAAAUAUUGAUGGAGAAGUUAAUUGCUGAAGACAUAGAUUUCAGGAAGCUAGCACACACCUACGAGCAAAAUAUUAUUCAAGGGGAGUUAAAAACAAAAGUGCUUAAGUAUGAUGAUAAAAGUAUAACGUAUUUUGACUUCAUAAUGUCAUGCUUUGAUGAUAGACGAUCAGGUUUGAUAGUGAAAAAUAAAUCCUUAAUAGACGCGUUCGAAAAUACUUUUCCGAACCCUGAAUUUUCUACUUUAUUUGAGUCACAUAGGAAUAACCGUGAAUAUAUUAAUAUUUUUUCCGUGGAAGCUUUUAUUACUGCUGAUUAUUUGUUCUUCCGAAAACAAAUUUCGAAAAGAAUAGAAAAAACUUCAAGAAGACUUGAGCAGUUAGAAGAAUUAAAAAAAGUAGAAAAUCUCCGUAAAGCUAUCCCUUUGUCAUAUGAAUUGGUAUUAAUAAUAGUAGAAUAUUGUAAUUAUCAAGAAUUAAAAAAUUUUAUUCAGGCUUUUUAUUUAUAA